AUGGAGUCGACUCAAGUUCAGUCAGAGGGUGGCCUCAAUGUUACCCUUACCAUCCGUCUCCUUAUGCAUGGAAAAGAAGUGGGAAGCAUAAUUGGAAAGAAAGGAGAAACUGUGAAAAAGAUGCGAGAAGAGAGUGGAGCACGAAUCAAUAUCUCCGAAGGCAACUGCCCUGAGAGGAUAGUCACCAUCACUGGACCAACAGACACAAUCUUCAAGGCUUUUGCCAUGAUUGCCUAUAAAUUUGAGGAAGAUAUCAUCAAUUCCAUGAGCAACAGUCCGGCAACCAGCAAGCCUCCGGUCACCUUAAGGCUUGUCGUGCCAGCCAGCCAGUGUGGCUCUCUCAUAGGAAAAGGAGGCUCCAAAAUUAAGGAAAUGAGAGAGUCCACAGGGGCGCAAGUUCAGGUGGCAGGGGAUAUGCUCCCCAACUCCACAGAGCGUGCUGUGACAAUCUCCGGGACCCCAGAAGCCAUCAUCCAGUGUGUCAAACAGAUUUGUGUCGUCAUGCUGGAGUCUCCACCUAAAGGUGCCACGAUCCCUUAUCGCCCGAAGCCUGCUUCCACCCCUGUUAUUUUUUCAGGGGGCCAGGCCUACACAAUUCAGGGACAGUAUGCCAUUCCACACCCCGAUCAGCUGACCAAGCUCCACCAGCUGGCUAUGCAGCAAACCCCCUUUACCCCUCUUGGACAGACCACCCCCGCUUUCCCUGGUUUGGAUGCGAGUCCACCAGCAAGCACCCAUGAGCUCACCAUUCCCAAUGAUCUCAUAGGCUGCAUCAUUGGACGUCAAGGAACCAAAAUCAAUGAGAUCAGACAAAUGUCGGGGGCCCAGAUAAAAAUCGCAAACGCAAUCGAAGGCUCAUCCGAGCGCCAGAUCACCAUCACCGGGACGCCCGCCAACAUCAGCUUGGCUCAGUAUCUCAUCAAUGCCAGGUUGACAUCUGAAGUCACCGGAAUGGCCACACUCUAA